GCUCUGACCACGGACAAGUUUCCCAAUUACCUGAAAAUAGACGUUGAACUACUGACAUUACGGAUCGUACUUUUAUACAAUACAUUUUCACGAUUAAGGACAGGGAGUAUUAAAAGUGUACAGGUUUUAUUACAUGAUUGAGCAUCGGUGUUUUCCUGCAUUGUCUUACGAGAUCGAAAGCAGGACAGAAGGCUGAGUAGAAGAAAUGGUGUAUCCAGCGCGAUUAUAAGGAUUUAAAGCAGAAUAAAGUACAAUAUCGUUCCAGAGGAACAGAUGACUAUUUCACAUAAGAGCAUUGGAACAAUGGAGCGUUCGGUUCGCGUUCUGAUUCUUUUGUGACAUCAUAACUGACCUGCAAUUAUUUAAGCAAUACUACUUGUCUACAUGGAUAUAUUAACAUUCAUGUUGGAACACUUCUAGAGCAGUGUAUUUUUAUAUAUAUUUUAUAUUGUGAUUAGCCUGCGACAUUCGAAUUGCAAGUUUAGUUUUUCUUUUUACAUGGCUAUCCUUUUUGGCCAGCUUGCGAUGGGCAACUCAAUAUCCCAACGAGCUGUUAUUGAGUUUACAAGGCACUACAACCUUGGAUUGGAACCUCUUCCUCUCUUCAGCUGAGCUGACAUCAUGUAGCUUGUAAACAGUAGAGCUCCACGUUUGGUUGCGUCAAAGUUCUCCAGCUAAGAUAAAAGGCAGCUAUUUUAAGAAACUGGUUGUUAACUGGGUCAGAGAGCGACAGACAAACUAGUUCGAUGCAUCCUGCCCUGUCUGUUUAGCAGAAUAAAUCAUAUAGCUGAGACAAUUGGGGUUGUUUUCAUUUUUAGAUUGUUUACAUAUUUAGAUAUCCUCAUAUGUCAUACUUUCAUGAUAGAUUUUGACCCAAAAAUCACAGUUUAUGGUUCCCAUUUUAUAUUUUUAUUUUUUUGGCGAAGGAACUCGUUUUAAGAACGUUGCUGUGAGGGUUUUGUGUUUUUGGUACGUAUUUUAAUCCAGACAGUUAUUAUCCAACUCCACUAAAGGAUCCGCGAUAGUUAUUAUUAUUUUAAGCAUACUAUUUUGUCUUUGGAGUUAUUUCGUUGCUGGUCUGGGGAUGACAGGGCUCUUGAACAGACUGUCGCCUGGAUUAACAAGAGUUUGAUGAUCUUGUCCCCAACGACCCCCUUAUCACAAGCUGUUGUAUAUCACCGGACACCUGCCAGAAAAUGGAGACGGUGGGAGACUUUGAAUACAGCCGAAAAGACCUAGUUGGGCACGGAGCCUUUGCAGUCGUCUUCAGGGGAAGACACAAAAAGAAAACUGAUUGGGAAGUGGCCAUCAAGAGUAUUAACAAAAAGAAUCUCUCCAAAUCUCAGAUACUGCUUGGAAAAGAGAUCAAAAUUUUGAAGGAACUCCAGCAUAAGAACAUUGUGGCACUCUAUGAUGUCCAGGAAACACCAAGUUCUGUGUUCCUGGUUAUGGAGUACUGCAAUGGAGGAGAUCUGGCAGACUAUUUGCAAGUCAAGGGCACCCUACGAGAAGAGACUAUAAGGAUCUUUCUACAGCAGAUUGCAGCAGCCAUGCGCAUCCUCAACAGCAAGGGGAUCAUUCACAGAGACCUCAAACCCCAGAAUAUACUGCUGUCCUACACAGGCCGCAAGAAGUCCAGCAUCAAUGGCAUAUGGAUCAAGAUCGCUGACUUUGGUUUCGCAAGAUAUCUCCAGACCAACAUGAUGGCCGCCACAUUAUGUGGAUCUCCAAUGUACAUGGCCCCAGAGGUGAUCAUGUCCCAAAACUAUGAUGCCAAAGCUGACCUGUGGAGCAUUGGGACUGUCAUUUACCAGUGCCUCGUGGGAAAGCCACCUUUCCAAGCUAACAGCCCCCAGGACUUAAGGAUGUUCUAUGAGAAGAACAAGACUCUGGUGCCAAUCAUUCCAAGAGAGACAUCUCCUCAACUGGAAGAUCUGCUGCUAGGGCUGCUCCAGAGGAACCAAAAGGACCGGAUGGAUUUUGAUGCAUUCUUCAGUAAUCCUUUCUUGGAUCCGACAUCAACUAUUAAAAAAUCACGCCCUGUUCCAGUGCCCACGUGCCCUGGCUUGGUCACACCGUGUGGCAGCUCUCCUUCCUGUCAUUACGUCUCUCCACCGUCACUGCCCGACAUGCAGACUCUCCCAGAGGAUGUGCUCUCGUCUCCACCUCUCGGCCCUCCCAAUUACCUGCAGCUUUCCAAAGAGUCGGGCGGCAGCACCAGCAGCAAGAACUCUUCCAGUGACACGGAUGACUUUGUGCUGGUGCCGCAUCUCUCCGGGGAGCAGUCCUAUGACCUUCCGAUGGUUGGGGCAGUAGGCCGCAGGCCGUCCAGUGAAUUUCUACUGUGUGGAGGGCAGCCACAGCCAUCAACCGGACAGACCCCAAUGGUGUCACCACGAAGCGAGACCAACCCGAUACCUGUGCCCACACAGGUCCGAAACUACCAGCGCAUCAAACAGAACCUCUCCAGCAGCCCGACCACCACCCUAUAUGGUUCUCCCAGGUCAGGCACAGUGCGGCGUUCCAACACAAGUCCCAUGGGUUUCCCUAAAAUGGUUUCUGGGUCUCCUAGUCCUGCAGACACGGUCCAAACCGUUGGACGACGUCUCUCCACAGGCAAUUCCCGGCCUUACUCCCCCUCUCCACUAGUGGGCACUAUUCCUGAACAGCUUGGCCACUGCUGCUGUGGACAUCCCCAAAGCCACGAGCCACGCAGUCGCAGCUCCUCAGGUGGUUCCUCUGUGCCCUCUUCUCAAUUACUAGGCACUCGUCUUCAGAGUGUGCCCAUGUUAACUGACAUCUACCAGAACAAACAGAAGCUAUAUAAGCAGCUGUCUGACCCAGUGCACCCCACAUCAACAGCCUACCCCACCAGCCACUCCCCUCAGCUCAGUCGCCCCGGCAACCUAGGCACCUCCCCAACCAAGCUCCUUGGCUCCUCCCCUCGCACCUCUGACUGGCUAACAAAGUCACCACUGCCCACCAUCAUUGGCUCUCCCACUAAGGCAACUGCUCCCUUCAAAAUCCCUAAAACUCAGGCCUCAUGCAACCUCAUGGCCCUGGCUUCUCAGCAGGGUAUAGCCGACAACCCCACCACAAUCAAGACACUGAUGGAUGGACGAGACCUCUGUGCACAUCAGUGUUUGGCCUAUCCCAGCAGCCGCCAGUCUGUGCCAGAGGCCAGCAAGACUUCCUUUGGGAGAUCUGUAAGUGCUGGACGACUGUCUGAGCAGCCAGUAAGAAUCACUUUGGGUGGACAGCCAUACCAGGGCAGCACAGAUAGCCUCAACACAGAGAGACCCAUGGACACAGCCCCGCCAGGGACUUGUGGUUUACCAGGAGGCAGGGCGAGUCCACGCACAGUUGUGUUCACGGUGGGCUCGCCCCCCAACAGCAGCACCCCUCCCACCUGCAGCCAUCUCGCCUCCCGCCCACGCACCACCUCAGUAGGCUCCACCAGUUCAGUAGGCUUGCUGUGUUCCACCAGCGGUAAGGUGUAUAUGGGCUCUCCCCCGGGAAUGACCAUCGGCACCUCCCCACCAGGAGCGGAGGGGGCUCCCAGCAGUCUGCGCUAUGUCCCUUAUGGCACCUCCCCACCCAGCUUGGAUGGAUUCAUCACUUUUGAAGCACCAGAACUGCCGGAGGAGACGUUAAUGGAGCGUGAGCACACGGACACUCUGAUGCACCUGCGGAUGAUGCUGUCCUUUACGGACUGUGUGCUGGAGAUCGCUUCUCUUCGGGCUGGAGGAGCAGAUCUAGGUGCAUCCGCCGCCUCUCUUUAUCCACCUCAGGACAGUGUGGUGGUGGACCAGAUCAGUCGACUCAGCAAGGAGUGGGGGCAGGUGGAGCAGCUGGUGUUGUACAUGAAAACCGCGCAGCUGCUGGCCUCUUCACUGCACUUGGCUAAGUCUCAGAUCAAGUCUUCCAAGCUCAAUCCAUCCACGGCUGUCAAACAUGUGGUGAAGAGUCUGAAUGAGCGCUACAAGAGCUGCAUUUCUCUGUGUCGCCGCCUUACUGACAAACUGAACCACUUCUUCUCCGACAAGCAGCGAUUUGUGGACGAGAUCAACAGCGUGACAGCUGAGAAGCUCAUUUAUAACCACGCUGUAGAAAUGGUGCAAUCAGCAGCGCUAGAUGAGAUGUUCCAGCAGACAGAGGACAUCGCCUAUCGCUACAAUAAAGCCUCUAUGUUGUUGGAAGGCCUGUCCAAGAUCCUCCAGGACCCAGCUGACAUAGAGAAUGUCACCAAAUACAAGGCAAGUGUUGACCGGAGGAUCUCUGCUCUGUGUUACUGCACUGUUACUUUGUAUGAAUAAAGAGACACGCCUGUGAAAACCUGGCCAAUGCUCUCACUUCAGGGACCAUCAUCUUCUCCAAUGACAGAGAAGAAUACGAGAACUCUUUGUCCCUUGUUUUUGUUUUGUAGCAGUCAAAGCACUUUCAGUUUCUUUUCCCCUUUUUAUUCAUUUCAAA